AUGAGCGUGCGCAUGGCGUACGUGCGGCGCCGUCUCCAAGACCACGGAAUGCAGGUAGACGAAGCGCCGGAAGACGACGAAGUACGAGAGACGUAUAACUUUGCUCCCGGAUACAACGGCGCCGUGUACCGUGCGGCACUACCCUCGCACCGGUCCCAUGCCGCGGAGCAGGAUGAGCACGAGCAUGAGCAUGCAGGGGCGCCAUCACAAGAACAUGCGCCGAAAAGCCCCACCGAAACCCAAGGCGGCGGACAGGCGACACCAAUCUACAAGAUCCAGAGCAUGAAAUGGGGCCUGAUCCCCUUCUGGACCAAGCGCCAGCCCGACUACGGCUCCCUGAUGCGGACGAUCAAUUGCCGCGACGACUCCCUCAUCGAGGACCGAGGGAUGUGGACGUCGAUGAAGCGCAGGAAGCGCUGUGUGGUGGUGUGUCAGGGGUUCUACGAAUGGCUGAAGAAGGGGCCUGGGGGGAAGGAGAAGAUACCGCACUACAUCAAGCGCAAGGAUGGUGACUUGAUGUUUCUUGCGGGAUUAUGGGACUCCGUCUCGUAUGAAGGCUCCGAGGACAUGUUGUACACGUACACCAUCAUCACCACGUCCUCGAACCAGUAUCUGCAGUUCCUCCACGACCGGAUGCCCGUGAUCCUGGAGCCGAACAGUGAACAGAUGAAGACAUGGCUGGACCCAACCCGAACAACGUGGUCGAAGGAGUUGCAGUCACUGCUUAAACCGUACGAAGGCGAGCUGGAGUGCUAUCCUGUGCCGAAAGAAGUCGGCAAAGUGGGAAACAACUCCCCGGACUUUAUCAUCCCACUCAAGGAGAAUAAGGGAAAUAUUGCGAAUUUCUUCGCAAAUGCGAAGAAGAAAGCAGAGCCGCAAGCUAAGACUGGGGAAGUGCAGGAUGAAAGCCAGGAUAUUGUAUCCACUGGAGUCAAGCGAGAGCAUCCAAGGGACACCGGCGACAUCGUGGAUAGUGAUCGGAAGAAGGUUAAGACUGAAACGACGCCUUCGCCGAAAAAGGCUGGGUCAGAGACAACUCCGAAGAAGCAGACACGGAGUGCAACGCAUAACCCAAGGCUGACGAAGAAAACUGAAGCGAAAAAGCCGACUCAAGGAUCCCAACGCAUCACGAAGUUCUUCGGAAAGUAA